UCCGUGCGCUACCGUCAGCUGUGAGUGCCGACGGUGUGCUGAGCGCCUUCGCAAUACAAAUGUCGUCGUCGCCGUGCAGCCCGCCGAUCAGAGACCAGGCGUACUACCCGUGGCACUGGCAUGAAGUCGCCGAAGCGGUCGACCUGAAGAGCCCGCGCGCCGGCAGCACAGGCUCGGCGGUGGUCACCGGGUGCCGUCCUUCGUCGCCGCAGAGCAGCCCGGCGCACGACGGCCAGCGUCGCGGUCGCCCUAGGCUGGAUACCAUCACGUCGCUGAUCCGCGAAGGCUCUUCGUCCCCCAGCAACAUCAAGUGUAAGGUGUGCAACCGCGUUUUUCCACGCGACAAGUCCCUCCAGGCUCACAUGCGGACGCACACUGGUGAGAAGCCAUAUGUAUGUGACUUUCCGGGCUGCAAGCGAGCAUUUGCCCAGAGUGGCCAACUGAAGACUCACCAGCGUUUGCACACGGGUGAAAAGCCAUUCAUCUGCUCCGAACCAGAAUGUGGCCAGAGGUUCACCCACUCCAACCGUCGCUGCAAUGCCCAUCCGUUUGCCGUGCUUCGUCGAGAUGAUGCAAGCACUGCAGUGGCUGGAAACGCAGGGGACAUGCAAGCGAACUGUGAAAACCAGAGUGAGGCUGUGACUUGCUGGCUCAAAGGGCACUCGACACAAGCACACAACGGAACGGCACUUCUGAAGGCACGGCAGCUGAAACGUGAGCUGGAUGCCCAAGCACGCAUAGACUCCGAAGAACUGCUCCAAAAGAAGUUGGCACCAUCGUCACGGCGCGACAUGAUUGGUGCACUCGCCCUCAUCGAGCUUUCAAACAAAGGCCACGGGUGCGCUCCCACUGCCAUGAUGGAGAAGAUUCCAUCCAGUCCCUUCUCAAUCGACGUUGACGACCGGCCGCUCGAUCUCAGCGUGUCCCGGUACUACAGCAACAGCUAGCCGUCACCAGACAGUGCCUCGCAAUCUUAUCUGUGACGCUCAGUGACUGAAAUGACACGCCUCGUCCAAACUUAUUCUGUCCUCAAAGUGAAAUUGUACAGAAAUAAUGCCACUUCAUGUUUUAUCAUUGAAAAGAGUUGCCUGGAAUCGGGAGAGCUUUAAAGACCACGCUCAGAACAUGCCAUCAGCUCUCAAAGGAAAUGAAACUUCUCACAUCAUGGCAGUGAGAAGCACAAUCGCACAAUGUCACUCAAUGCCAGGCCUUCGAGAAAAGUACAUGCUGCACCAAUGGGGGUGGGGGGGAUACCUUGUUUGCAAUGAAUAAUAUAUAUAUAGGGGUAGCAAUUAUAAAAUAGUCAUGUUGAUUGGAAGUUGCCUUCGGGUAAUGAACGAGACAAUAAGUUAUUGAAGUUAUUUCAUUCCAGCUGCUUCUUGAAUUGCUGUGAAAAGUUGGUUUCUGCUGACAUUCUAAAGCUCUCAGCAGGCAUGGUCAAAUACUAGUCAUAUUUGUGGAAUAAUUUUAAAUAUUCAUACAGAAAAAUAAGCAUUGGUGUCAUGGCCCAACAAACUUGCACAAUAUUUUUAAGGAUUUUUAUUGGGGAGGUUUGGACAAUAAUGCAAACAACUGGGAUAGUGCAUUCCGGUUAAAAGAAAAAUGGUCGAGCAGACCGACACAAAAAAACAAAGCACUAACCUCUAUCAUCUUGUGUCGGUCUGCUUGGCCAUUUCUUUUUUACCAUAAUGCGCUGUACCAGUUCAAGUACGACGAACCAACUUGCCCAAUAUUCGACACUUGUGGCAUGCAAACAGAGGCGCGAAAACGAACAUUGGUAAUGUACAAUGAAAAGAGAUUAGAACUAAGCUUGUGAAUGUAAUGUUUUGGUUUGAAGCAAAGUGAACACAACUUUGAAUAGUAUCGAGGUGCUAGUUUUGAGUGGUGAAAUAUGCUACCUUUUAAAGUUUGCUAUACUGAGUGCAUAUAACAUGCCUUAAAACUUCAGGCAAUUUGGGCACUGAUAAUAUUUACGUUUAACCUUGAAGUAUAACUUGGCAGCAGUGCAGGUUUCUUCCUAAUACUGCAUAACCUCAAUACAAAAGACCUUCAUAGUGAGGAGGAUUUUGGUCUUGUAAAAGGAGUAUGUAAAAUUCAACUCUUUUUACAACACUCUUACAAAAACACUGUGU